AUGUUUUUGCUGAUGUUGUUUUCUACUGAAGACGAUGCACUCAGACGUUUUGAGCAAAAGCAGGAUGUCAUGCAGAAGAUGUUAGAAGAAGUCAGCGACAGACACAGGAAAUCAGCAGAGGAGCAAGUAGAGAAGCAAAAGGAAGGUGAUCCAAAUAUCCAACCCCAAAUGAAAAAGUCUGAAAAAUUGUUCCCUAACUCGGUCUUGUUCAAGGAGUGGGGGGCAAAUCUCUCUGAGGAUGACCAAAGAGAGGCUCAGAGCCUGUAUGAGAAGUAUGGGUACAAUGUUUUUCUGAGCGAUCGCCUCCCUCUGGAUCGACCUCUUCCAGAUACCAGAGAUCCUCGAUGUUUGAAAAAGAGUUACCCCAAGGACCUGCCAAGUCUCAGUGUGGUGCUCAUCUACCUGGAUGAAGCCCUGUCUGUUCUCCAAAGAGCCCUGCGCAGCAUCAUCGACCGCACUCCUAAAAACCUGCUGAAGGAGAUAAUAAUGGUGGAUGACCAUAGUUCUAAUGGUAAAUUGUUGAACAGGGCUGAACCUCUGCUGACACAGAUUAAAGCUGACCGAACUGUGGUGGUUUCCCCGGUGUUUGAUAAAGUCAACUUUGAUGAUCUCAAGGUUACUACAUAUCAUCCCAGUGCACACGCCUUCAACUGGGCUCUGUGGUGCAUGUAUGAGAGUUUUACACCCGAGUAUUACAAACUUAAUGACGGUUCACUGCCUGGCAAGAGUCCAUCUGUCAUGGGGAUCCUGGUUGCUGAUAGAAAGUUUCUGGGGGAAAUUGGAGUCCUUGAUGAAGGAAUGAAAGUGUAUGGUGGAGAAAAUGUUGAGCUGGGAAUUCGUGUAUGGACAUGUGGAGGCAGUGUUGAAGUUGUUCCAUGUUCCAAGAUCGCCCACAUCGAGAGGGCCCACAAGCCCUACAUGCCUGACCUGGGUCCUGCCAUGAAGAGAAAUGCCCUCAGAGUUGCAGAGAUCUGGAUGGAUGAAUACAAGCACAACGUUAACCUGGCUUGGAACAUCCCAUUUGAGAAUCAUGGAAUUGACAUAGGCGACAUUUCAGAGAGGAAGAAACUCAGAGAAAGGUUGAACUGUAAACCUUUCAAAUGGUACCUGGAUAAUGUGUAUCCUAAGCUGGAUCCCUGGGACGAUCUCCUUGCAUACGGAGGAAUGAAGAACCUUGAUGCUGACAUGUGCCUAGACCAAGGUCCAGUACCAGGUCACACACCGAUUGCCUACAUGUGCCACAACUUUGGACCUCAAGUAAGUGAUUAUAAAUGGUGUAUUUGUAAAUUUGUAAUUUAA